UAAUGGAAAGCAUGAAUUAAAUACAAAAUAAACAUAUAAACAGAAAAAUGUUAAUCUGGAAUAUGUUAUAUAAGUAAAAGGCAGAGUUUGUCUAUCAAGUUAUCUUGUCAGCUGGUGCAGUGAUCUUCCAAAGGCUGGGUUGGGACCCAUAGAUGCGUCAUGGGAGACUGUUAGGGGUCCCUAAACUAAUUUUCAUUUAAGAUUUAUGUGAAAAUGAAAUACAUAAAGUUAAGUGUUAUUUAAUUUACCCAACAUCUUUUGGAAAUGAUUCAUUAACCAAAUAAAAAAAUGAAAUUAGGUGUUACAUGCUGUAAAUGAAUCUCUACAUUUUGCACAAAUUUGUUCUUGUCACGAUUUAUAUCCUGAUUUGGAUCACGAUAGUUUGCCGUUACACUACAUUGACAUCGCUAAACUCAUUAAUUGUAAGUUUGUAGUUGUAGUUUUAGUCAAAGGGAUCAUCCUGGUUAUUUGAAAUGAAUUUGCAUGAAUUACUGACUAGGGGUGUAUUUAAUAUGCAAAAAUGAGUGUCUGAUUAGAUUCUUAUUCAUAACAGUAGACCAGCACCUCCUGUGUUUUCACGAGCUAAAAACAUCAAUUAUCUCUAUGGACUCUGAGGGCGGAGAAUGAACACACUCCUGGACAGCUGUCCCGUGAAAGCAGCCUCUCUGUCGAGCCUACUCUGAGCGUGAUGGCGACCACAGACGAGGUCACGGUGUCCAUGGGGGAGGUGGUGAUGGUGAAAGCUGACGGGGAGAAUGACCCCAAUAAGACUCAGGUCAUCCUCCAACUCCAGCCAAUCACGACUGGAGAUGAAUCUGCUGAAACAGAUGCAGCUGUCAUAGCAGUCGAAGCUCAUGCAGACAAAGCAGAGGGAGACGAAGUAGAACUUGGUUGUCCCAUAACGUGUGGCGACUGUAAAGCUGUGCUGCUUGUGAAGAAAUUUGUGUGUCCAGGAAUCAACGUAAAAUGUGUGAAGUAUGAAGACCAGCUCAUCAGCCCCAAGCAGUUUGUGCACAUCUCUGGAAAGGCCACUCUGAAAGACUGGAAGAGAGCCAUCAGGAUGGGCGGAGUCAUGCUCAGAAAAAUGAUGGAUUCAGGUCAGCUGGACUUUUACCAGCACAGCACUCUGUGCACCAACACGUGCCGCAGCACCAAGUUUGAUUUGCUCAUCAAUAACACGCGGUUUCCCCCAGACGGCAGCGGACUGACCACGCCCACAUCGUCUCAAGCUCAGGUGGUUCUGGGUGAUGGUGUGACAGUGGGUGAGGACAGAGCAGAGGCUGUGACUGUGAAAACAGACUGGAGCUCAGUGUCACAGGAGUCUAUUGACAAGAAGGAAUCUAACGAGAUCUCAGAGGACACAUUGAACUUCUGGAAGGGAAUCGCUGACGUGGGUUUGCUGGGUGAAGUGGUGACCAACAUCAGCACCGAGCUGCUGGAGCUGCUGAACGGUGUCCAGCAGCUCAGGAAUCUGGCUGCUUUACAGGACACAGAUUCCUGUCUGGUAGAGGUGGCGGUGCUCAGUAACCUGGCUCAAGUGUUCGGCCUGCUGGACUUGGUGAAGAAGGUGCUGGAGAGGAGGAGGCAGCAGACAGAUCCCAGCCAGCAGCAGAUCCUCAGCACACUCAGCAGUCUGGAAGUGCAGCUGGAACAGCAGAGGAAGCAGCAGCAUGUUCGAGCUCUUCUCUCCUGCCCACAACCGGCCAAAAGCAAAACCCCCAAACGUCAAACCAAGCGGCCUCGCCUCCACAGACCCGCCUCCACCACCACACUCCUGACCUCCCCCGUCAACCAGCAGACCACCCUGCACCCGCAGCAGUUCACCGUCCUGUCCCCCAUCUCACUGUCCUCCGUCGGUCAGCCCUUCACUGUGGCGGGUUUGCCCAUUGCCUCCCUCGCCCAGUCUUCAAACACCGUCACGCUGCUUCCCGCCGGGUCACAGCUCUUCACUCGCUACAUGGUGGCCGGAGACGGAAAGUCAGACACCAUCACCUUACACCCGUCCUCGGGGCUCACACUGGUGGGCACCACCGCUGCCAUGCAGGACUCCAGCCAGCUGGGGACAAUGGUGAGCCCUGUAGAGCUGGUGCACCUGAGCCAGCAGGGCAGCAGCACAGAGGUGGUUCCCAUAGAGGGUCAGGUGAUGGACGGCACCAUGCUGGUCCAGAGCGAGGUGGACUCUGGUCAGGAACAUACGGUCAUUGAGAUCAACCCGACGCCGGUGGAGCAGACGGUGGGAGUUAUGGAGCUGCAGCUAAGCGGAGACUCGGGCACAGAAGCAGCCUCCAUGGUCGUUCAGAGCACCAUGGAGGUGAAAAUGGCUCCCGAGGGGGAGGAGCCUCAGUGCCAAAUGCAGGAGGAGCAGACUGAAGGGGUUCAGGGGCUGGAGCUGGACGCCAGCGGACAGUUGUCUGGCAUCCAGAUAGUAGUGAUAGAGGACAGCAUGCGGGAGGAAAACAAAGUGAAAUGAGACUCGUGUGAAGUUAAACCAUCUGGUAUUAAAUGAACGUCUGUCCUGAGAGAUCUGACCCCAGGUGGACAGCGCCACGUUAGUGUGGCAUUAAAAUGCUUCCUGGAUCAGAACCCACUUCACCACCGCUCUUUGCUAAUUCACAUGGACGUCAAUUACAGCACUGUGCUGAAAGUCUGAGGUUGUCUGAGGUCACUCGCAGCUUUGUUGUUUUUAUGUCUGACAUCAUAGACGUUUGGGUUGGAAUAAUGUGACUGAACGUUGGUCAAAGAGUUAAACUCACACAACACGGGUAUGUCAUGAAUAAACCUGGUGUAAUUCACGGCAGAUAUUUGUCAACAUGUAGAGAUGCACUGAUGCCACAAGUACGAUUACUUAAAUUAGUAUUUAAUAAUGCAAUUACAGCAACAAAUAAUGUUAAACUAAUUUUAUUUACUUCAUUUUGACUGAACAAAAUCAGGGCUGAAAUGAUUAUUCAAUUAAUCGUCAACUAUUUCGAUCAAUGAUUAUUCUGUUUUAGUGGGUUCAAAAAUGAUUACUGAAAAAUGUGGGUUUGUGGACAAAGCGAGACAUCUGAGAACGUCAUUUCCAUUGUUCAACAUUUUAUGGACCAAACAAAUACUCAAUUAAUUAGGAAAAUAGUUGAAAACAUUAGAUACCAUUACCGCUUAAACAUUUACAAUCCCCUUUCAAAAAGAAUUUGAUUUAAAUUAAUAAAGCUUUAUAUUUAGUGGCAAA